AAUAAGCUUGCACUCGUGGAAUGGAUUCACUACAGGUUUUCGCUAUCAUGGCGCUCCUGGCCAUUGUUGGUGUCUCAAACGGAGCCUACACCGUGUAUCCAUCGGAGUACGAUUUAACGGACAAGCAGUUUGAAGCGAUUACGGCCUGUAUAGCAGUAACCAAUGACAAAACAUCUCCACAAAGUAGAUACGAUCCAGUGUGUGCCACCGAUGGUUUCAGCUACUACAACUUGCAUACCCUAGAAUGCUUGAGACAGGCCAUUCCGUCGGUGCAAUUCUCUUUCUACGGGCGUUGUCCGAAUGAGCCAAUUUUCUUGCCGAUGGAAUCAGUUCGAGAUUGGUGGGUUAUGUCGGAAGAGGUUCGCAAAAAAGCUCAAACAUGCAUGUCGAAAUGUGGGUGGAUAUUUAUGCCGGUCUGUGGUACAGACAAUAAAACUUACACUAGUCAUUGCGUACUAGAGUGCGUUUCCGAACUGAUUCCCCAUAUAAAGAAAGAUUACGACGGAUUUUGUCGAAAGGAUUUCACGGUCGAGAACAAGUGUCCUCCGAUACUGCAACCAUUCUGUGGAACGGACGGUGUAACAUAUUUGAAUUUGUGUCACCUACGCUACGCAACCGAACAGAUUCCGGGUUUGUAUCCAGCUCACCUAGGCGAUUGUGUACGUAGGUUGAACGUUAUCGAGAAGGGUUUCGAUAUGACAAGCAAAUUGAAGGAUGACAAAGAUGGUUGUAGCGGAUGCGGUGGAUGUUGUGAAACCUAAUUUAAUGCAACUGUUUUACUGUAGAUUUAUCAUACAUCGUGUGGCUGGAUUUAGAAUAAAAUAAUAAAUUUGAUGUUUUUUUUUUUGGGAAAAAUCUUACAGUUAAUGAAGUAUGAAAUAUUUUUUGGAAAAUGAUGUAUAUCUUCAUUCCCAAUUCUUUUUCCCGUUGUCAUCAUUGAAGGAAACUCUAUCGAACGCUAGAAGAAAUGGUUCAUUUUCUUUGUUAUAAUGUACGAAAACAGUGGUAGCUUCUCAAAAUCUUUAAGUUUAA